AAGAAGACGAAGAAGAAGAAGAGGACGAGGAGGAGGAGGCGGCUCUUGUUUCCUGUUUACCUUGUCGAAAGAGAAACUGAAGUUGUGACAGCUGGAGAUGGACAGACAGAGAUAAGUCGCAGGGAUGUAAACUGCCGGACCCACAGUCUUGUCCGCAAAGACAUGGACGAGUUCAGUCCUCUGUUGGGCAACCAGCCCUCUGGUCAACCACGGGAGGGUCCGGAUCUUCUCUCUCCAAACCUGAGGCCGAGACACCAGGAACUGAUCCCAACACCAUGUGGACCGAUAAAGCGCUGGUCGGAGCUCUCAUGUCUGCUCAAGCUCUACUUCUGCUUCACCAUCGUGUCCCUGCUGGCGCUGCUUGGCCUCACCAUAUCCAGCGUCUACAAGCAGCACAUGGACACAGAGGUGACGGAUGAUGACAACCUCACCGUAUCCCUCAUCCAGCUGAUCGGAAUACUGUUCUGCAUCUACUACAUCAGCCGGGGCGUGCUGCAGGAGAACAGACAGGAGCUGGUGGCGUUCGUGCUCAGUGUGUUGGGAGUGAUGGUCCGAUCGGUGGUCAACUUCUCCGUGCUGGGGUCGAAGGGCAAGCAGGAGCUGCUGGUUCGUUUCGUGUGCAUCAUGUGUCUGGGCGUGAUCCACGUUGCCUGCACCACGCUGCUCAUCAGGAGGCCCAACAUGAUGGCCUUCCGCGUGGGCGGAGCCUUGGAGAGCCUGCAGGAGCAGUACUUCCUGCUCAACCUCUGUUUCUCCAUGGUGACCUUUGACCUGCAGGCUCAGUUGUGUCUGUGCAUCUUGAUCACGACGUCAGACUCUGCCAUGUCUGCUGACAACUACAUCAUCCUGGGCGUCGGGGUGUUCUGGGCCUGCCUGACGGCCGCCGUCGGGGCUGUUGCAGUUUUAAAGGAAGCCAAGGCGUUAGUUUGGGUCUUCAUGGUGCAGAAUCUUCCUCAAGUUGCCUUCUUUGUAUAUCUGAUGUACUCGGUGAUAAAGAAGUGGUCCGAGGACAGCGUGUACAUCCUGGAGGCGGCUGCUGUCACCAGCGCUUUGAUUUCACUGCUGAUUAAAGUGGGUUUAUUCUGGGGCCUCAUCAGGCUGGUGCACAGCUUCGGACAAGGCCUGAGGGAGAGGAUGUCGGCACCCAGCAAGUGAUAAGACCUCCGGUGGUGGUGGAACAAGGACACAGCUGCUGGUUGAAGGCCUCAAGUAGAAAGCUCAGCCCGGUGGUGCCGACUGUAGAGCUCAUCAUUUUGUUCAGCCCUGUGCUGUUUACUGUAUCCAUUUCAUUUCGACACUUGUUUGUCAGCGUGCCUGAACACAGGAGGUACAGCUCCGCAGUUUAGCUGCAUUUAAACAUUUUUAUAUGAAACUCCAUCAAAUGCCUUUGUACUUGGAUUCAUAUAGGUCUCCUAUUUUUACUGUUCCAUGCACUGUAAUAUCUUUCUCCAUUGGUGUUUGUAGGCAUCACCAAAGACUUUUUUAAAGCAGCCUCCAUUUGAAAAGGAGCUUUUAUUAAAAAGGCCUUUUUUUCCAUUUCUUUCCUUCCUGUAAAUUAUGCUCCAAGCUGACCAACUUCAGUCUGCCUUUUUUAAAUCAUCAUUGUUGUUGAACUUGAAUCUUGUGCACUCGACCACUUCUUAGAGCAACACUGGGAUAUUUUUUAACUUAACUUUCUGCAGCACCUUAAUGCACUUAACCAAGUGUUUUUUCAUCAUCAUUUUUAAUAAACUAUCAAACCAACA